GGGAGGCGAGCGAGGCAGCCUGAUCCUUUUCCCUCAGCGCUUGUGAGGCGGGCGGGGGCAUCGCCUGGUGGGAAGGGACUCAUCCAUCCUCUCUCUUAUCACUGGAGGUCUUCAGUUAGCGGAGAGGGCAGUGGCUUUCUAGAAGAUGACCAUAGAGGAUUGUCCUGACGCUUCCAUAGAAGGAGAUCUACUGACUAGAAGAUAUCAAUAUCUUAUUCCAGGUUCUGAAGAUUCAGUCACCUAUUUGGUUUCUGCAGCACCAAUGCCUUCUGAAUGUGAGUUCUCCUUUUUUGAUCCAAAUGAUGCGGCAUGUCAGGAAAUUCUUUUCAAUCCCAAAACAUCUGUGUCUGAAUUAUUUGCUAUCCUAAGACAGUGGGUCCCCCAAGUUCAACAGAACAUUAAUAUCAUUGGGAAUGAGAUCAUUAAGAGAGGCUGCAAUGUGAAUGACAGAGAUGGAUUGACUGACAUGACUCUCUUGCAUUAUACAUGCAAGUCAGGGACUCAUGGUAUUGGGGAUGUUGAGACUGCUGCCAAAUUUGCCUCCCACCUUAUUGACUUGGGUGCAGAUAUCAAUUUGAGGAGCCGUUGGACAAAUAUGAAUGCUUUGCACUAUGCUGCCUACUUUGAUGUUCCAGAGCUCAUUAGUGUCAUUUUGAAAAAUGCAAAGCCAAAAGAUGUGGAUGCCACAUGCAGUGACUUUGAGUUUGGAACAGCUUUGCAUAUUGCUGCCUUCAACUUAUGUACAGGAGCUGUUAAGCGUUUAUUGGAACAUGGAGCCAACCCUGCCUUUAGGAAUGACGAGGGGCAGAUUCCCGCAGAUGUGGUUCCUGACCCAGUAGACAUGCCACUAGAGAUGGCGGAUGCAGCAGCCAGUGCUAAAGAAAUCAAGCAGAUGCUCUUAGAUGCAGUACCUCUGUCUUGUGACAUUUCCAAGGCCCUGCUUACAAAUUAUGAUAAUGUCACUGGCAAAGCCAUGCUUGGAUCCCUUGGCCUAAAGCUGGGAGAUCGAGUUGUUAUUGCAGGACAGAAGAAUGGCACACUAAGAUUUUGUGGCACAACUGAAUUUGCCAGUGGACAGUGGGCCGGCAUAGAGUUGGAUGAACCUGAAGGAAAAAACAAUGGACGUGUUGGAAAAGUACAGUACUUCAAGUGUGCUCCAAAACACGGUAUCUUUGCACCUCUGUCUAAAAUAAGUAAAGCUUCAGAACACAAGAAGAAUACAAGAGUUUCUUCCUCACGACCUCUGUCUACAGUCAAGUCCAAGAAAAUUGAUGUUACACACAUAACUUCCAAAGUGAAUUCUGGCUUAUCUACAUUGAAAAAAGACAGUGCUUCUGAUUCCACAUUUUUGGGCAGUGAAGAAGAAAUGAAAACACCAGGUAAAGAAGCAACUUCCCUUGGUUCCAACAGUUCUUCAUCUUCCACUACAUCUUUGGACAGCAAGCGGAAUUGUUCAAAGAAGUGGAAUACCACAAGCAAAAAGAAGGAAAACUUGAAAACUCAUUCUGCUGCAAAUCAAGGAGGAAAUAACACUUUUCCAUCUGCUGGAAGGAAUCCUUUUGAUGAAGGGGAAAUUCAGAUUGGAGACAGAGUAGUGGUGGUAGGACAGAGAACUGGAAUAGUUAGAUUCUAUGGGACAACAAAGUUUGCACCAGGGGUUUGGUGUGGAAUAGAACUGGACAAACCUCACGGCAAGAAUGAUGGUUCAGUUGCAGGUGUACAGUACUUCAGCUGCCUCCCCAGAUAUGGUGUCUUUGCACCACCCUCUAGAGUGCAGAGGCUAAUGGGAUCCCUAGACUCCCUCGCAGAAGUUUCAUCAAAUAAAAUGAACCAUUCUCUCCCUGGUUUUCGGCGAAGUUUUAGUACAAACUCUGCAUCUUCCCAAAAGGAGAUAAAUGGGAGAAAUUCCUUUGUCAAGUCAAAAAAUGCUUCACUGCGACGCAGUUGGAGCAAUACCACUACAGCAAGUACUGAGGGUCCUGUGAAGCUCCGUGAGGGCUCCCAGGUAUUCCUGACCAGCUCUAGUGAGAUGGGCAUAAUUCGCUACAUUGGGCCCACAGACUUUGCCCCAGGUGUAUGGCUUGGCCUGGAACUCAGGAGUGCCAAAGGCAAGAAUGAUGGAUGUGUGGGUGACAAGCGGUAUUUCACCUGCAAGCCAAAUUAUGGAGUCCUGGUGCGGCCAAGCAGAGUAACUUAUCGUGGGAUUAAUGGGGCAAAACUUGUGGAUGACAUCUGUUGAAGCAAAAUGCUCCAGCCCUGAGAUUGAGGGUAUAAGAAAUAAAGCACAUCAGGCAAUCAUGCAGGCAAUGGCAGGUUCUGUCUUACCCAAAUCCUAAAACUGAACUUCUAUAACGCGCACACAGCUCUAGCCAGAUUGCACUUGCUUUAUGACUCUGAGAAAUGAAAUCUUAAUAGCUUCCCCUACAGAACAGUCCUUGCCCGAGCGCUUAUUGCAUAAAAGACAUCUUGGGAUUGAACUGCCAUAUUAUUUGAAUAAUCAACUGUUUUCUAUCUGGCUCCAUUUUGACAUGCUUUGCCACUUCAUAAAUGAUCUUUCCAUCCCACAUUCUAAUGAAACUAUAAAGUGACUUGAGAUAGCAGAGCUUGUUAAACAAAGCAGUAGGAUUUGUCAGCUUGCUGUCUUCACUUUCUCUAGGAAAAAAAAGAUAGCAAUAAAGGGGCAGGGAAGUGACAGUAUUUAAGGAAAAAGUGUUGUAAAACGGGUAGCUUAUAAUUCACACAGCUCCUCCAAAGCACAAAGCAACCAGCUUAAAAGAGUCUAAAGAGAAAAUUGUGCUCCUUCAAUGCUACAUGCCUAAGCAGCCUGAAUUAAAAAAGGGAAUAGCUAAUAAAGCACAAAUAUUUUUAGGUUUGUAGUAAAAAUAUUUUAAACAGUGUGUGCAUAUAUAAACAUAUAUACAGUAUAUGUCUGUGUGUUUAAAAAAGAUAGCAGUGUGCCAGAAGCACUUUCAAAAAUACUGUUGGAACUAGUAUUAUGCACUUUUAUUUCUCUCCUUUGAAGAGUUUCCUUCCUGAAGUUUUAGAGAAAUCAUUUUGUUAGUCAAAACUGCAGCCUGGAACACUGCAUCAAACUUUGUCCAGCCAGCAAUCAGAUUGGCCAGUGGGUUAUUUUAAGGUCCGAUAGUGGUACUGGGCCAAGAUCGUAUGUGCAUAGAUGUGCACCACCUCCUCCCCAGGAAAACAUGCACACCUGAUGUGGGAGUCUUGCUCCCUUCCGGUUUGUGACGGUAUUCUUAGACUGGUUAAAACACCCCAGUGUGGUCUGAUGGUGACUGUCUUCUGAGAGGAGACAUUGGCAGAAAACCUAUGGACAUUCCAUGGUUUCUGCAGAUGCAACUUUCCUCAUUUCUAAAGCAGUCAUCAUGUUGACCUUGGACCUUUAGCAUGCCUGUUAUGCCAAGCCACAAUGGGCUGAGUUAGGCCAUACUGCAAUUGACCACUUGGCCUACAGACCAUCAGUUAUCGAUUCGGGGCAGAAAAUUUAAGAUGGAUUUUGUUGUUGCUUGCAUCAGAAAAACCCUGUGCAAUAAGAGUUCUAUAUCACUGUUGACGCAUCUUUACUGUCAACAGUGGUGGGUGCUGAAGCCUUUGCCAUUUUUAUAUAUUUGCUACAUUAUUGCCGAGAAGCAUGAUGCAUUACUGUAUUGAGAAGCAUUUAAAACAUUUGAUGAUGAUUUUUCUGUAAUAUGCUUGAGUCAUUAUGGAUUUAUAAUUUCUAUUAUGAAAGAUAUAUUUUAAUUCUUUGGCAUAUCUUAACUCUUAUUAUAUAGAUUCAGAUAAUUUAAAAGCCACAGAAGCAACUAAAUGGCUUCAACUUUGUAAAGAAGGUGGCUUGUCAAAUUGCACUUAAAACUAAAACCAAAUUCUAGCUGUUUAUAAAAGUAUGUAUAUUUUAAAACAUUGCUAGAACAAUUUCCCAUGAGCUGCAUUAAACAUGACAAAACUACAAUAUCGCUUUAUAGCUAAUCGGUAUUUUUAAACUAAGGACAAUGGUUGUAAAUGGUGAUUAUAAGCUUGUUCUUAAUUAUGGCGAUACAUAUUUGAGGAUCAAGAUGGACCUUGAUGCCCUGAAUAUUGCAGCGUCUGUUUCCUUGGGUGUUUGAAUGUAUUUUUUCAUGAGAGUGCUGUUAAUGGUUGUUUUUAAGGAUGCCCAUUGCUUUUAAGAAAACUGUUUGAGCUAUCACUGACAAGAGUGUCCUUUUUUGAAUUGCUUUCUUCUAAUGUUAAUUUGCACAUUAUGUAUUUAGGAUAAAGAGCAGCUGCUGUAAUGUAAUAAAGCAGAUGUUUUAAACACCUUUUUAUGUUUGUAAAAUAUUUAUGUACUCUACAGACAUGCUGAUCUUGAAUAUAAAAUGUUUUAUGCAUUCCCUA